GGAGCUGCCACAAGGUUCAUAAAUAUUACCCCUUCACUUAUUCAAAAUCAAAUAACACAUUUAUUUCGUACCUGUUUCAGUUUUAUCUCUGGACAACUUUUCCAAACACCCCUAAAAACUCCAUCGCCACAUUUUGCCUUUUGAUUGACCGCUGCAUAUAUAUUUUUUUCUGUGUGCUGAAUUUUCCUCCUGCUGGAAAAGGAUAAAAAAAACAACACUGGGGGAAACAGAGGAACAAGGCACAGUGGAAAAUACAGGAGGUUGAGGAAAAAGUGAAAUAACAGGAGUCUAGCGGAGAGAUUGGAGGAACAGGUUGGAAAGAAAGCAAGAAGACAAGUGGAGAACGAGCCUUGACAUAUAUCAUUUUAAGAAAUCCUUGCUUUUGUGUGGAGAUUUUUUUUUUGUUGCCUAUCUGCUGAUUUAGAGGAGUUGACGCCAUGACGACAGAAAUGCAGGAAAUCGCCAUCACGGAGGAGAAGCCAUUACUGACGGGUCAGGCGGAAGCCAAGGAUGUUGAACUGGCUGCUAGGAUACUCCUGGACCAAGGACAGGAGCACAGUAUCGAGACCCCGCACGGUGUUCUGCACGUGACCCUUCACGGCACACGGACCACCCGCAGGCCUGCCAUCCUCACCUUCCAUGACGUGGGUCUGGAAAGUAAGAGCUGCUUCUCCCCUCUGUUCAAGUUCGAGGAGAUGCAGGAGAUUGUGAAGAACUUCACCCUGAUUCAUGUUGAUGCUCCGGGGCAGGAGGAGGGGGCUGCUGCCUACCCCGCAGGCUACCAGUAUCCCACCAUGGACACCGUAGCGGAGAUGAUCCCAUCCGUCCUGCAGUUUUUCAACUUCCGUACUGUAAUCGGAGUGGGUGUGGGGGUCGGAGCGUACAUCCUCUCCAAGUUUGCACUGGCAAACCCAGAUUCAGUGGAAGGUCUGGUUUUGGUCAACAUCGACACUAACGCCAGAGGAUGGAUCGACUGGGCUGCUCAGAAGCUCGUCUCCGUGACGUCUUCCCUCACAGAGCAGAUCAUGUCCCACCUCUUCAGUCAGGAGGAGCUGUCCGCCAACACAGAGCUAGUGCAGUUUCACAGAGAGCGCAUCUCCAAAGCGUCCAAUAUGGUCAACAUAGAGCUCUUCUGGAAGACUUACAACAGCCGUAGAGACUUGAACAUCGACCGCAACAGCACCUUCAAGUGUCCAGUGAUGUUGGUGGUGGGAGAUCAGGCUCCAUAUGAGGAAGCUGCCGUGGAGUGCAACAGCAAAAUGGACCCAACAACAACCUCAUUCUUAAAGAUGGCUGACGCUGGUGGUCUCCCUCAGCUGACCCAGCCUGCUAAACUGACUGAGGCUUUCAAGUACUUCAUCCAAGGAAUGGGAUACAUGGCUUCAUCUUGCAUGACCCGCCUGUCCCGCUCCCGCACUACCUCCCUGUCCUCCUCCUACUCCAUGGAUGGGUCGCGCUCUCGCUCCCGCACCCUGUCUCAGGGCUCUCAGGGCGGACAGAUGCCGCCCAGCCCCUCCCAAACCAUGGAGGUGUCUUGCUGAAGGAAAAAAAUAAAUAAAAAUAGCUAAAGAGAUAGAGGGUGAGAAAGAAAGAGGGCAAACAGAAAGGGAAAGAUGAAGCGCGACGAUAAUGAAGGAACAAGACGAAUGGGUUACUUAUUUGUCACUUAACAACUCCCAUCAUUCCCCACAAGAGCAGAAUAGGAUAAGAGAUGGAGGGAGACAGAGAACAGUCCUCCUCCUUUCUGCUGAAAUCAAAGUGGAUUGGGCUGUUCUACAACAAACAUAAAAAGUACAGGAAUGAGAGAUUAAUAAAAAGGGGGGAGUCGAGGAAAUAAUGUCGACCAGUCCUGUCUCCCUCCCUCUUUUGACUCCUAUAGAGGCCUUUAGUUUAGAGGAGGCCUAUAGACAACACACACCUUGCAGUAACCAAUGGUAAUAAUUCAGAAAUGGUUUUGUUGUUGACCCUGAUGAUUAUGGUGUUGAUGAUGAUGAUGAUGAUAAUGAUGAUGAUGAUAAUAGAUAAAACAGUUUCAGUUUAAAACAACAUAGAUUAAAAAAUAAAAGACAAAAAAAAUAGAAUUUAGCAAAGAUACUUAUAACAAUGUGUGUCUACUACUUUUUAAGCUACAUUUUACCGUGUAAUUUUUACUUUAAUCUGAUUUUAUUAUGUCAUUUGUAACCUGCCUCAGCAAAUGGCCGAAGCUACUGAUUGGUUGACCCUGUCAGCCAAUGAGAACCAUUAUAGUGACUACUUCCUCCUUGGUGUUGCCAGGUUGUUUAUGUCUUCCAUUUGCCCCGUCUAUAAGUGACUGUUUUUGUUUUUUCCAUUGGAUUUAAGGGAAGUAGGCAGGAAGCUAUUUCAUUAUUUUACUCUUUUUUUUUUUCUGGACUUGGAAGUUGCAUGCCUGGUUUUAGCCCAUGUGAAUAUCGACUGGAUACAAUUUUUUUUAAAUAUAUAUUCUGCUAAUGAGGUGUGUGUGUGUGUGUGUGUGUGUGUGUGUGUGUGUGUGUGUGUGUGUGUUUUUAUUUCCUUGGAGUGUUUGGCAAACAUGGCGGUCUACAGGUAAGCAUAGGUGAGACUAGUCGCUCACUAAGUAGUGCUUCCAAUAUUCCUGGUAGUCCCGCACUGUGACCAAAUAUCCAUGCUGGUCUGCUACUCAACAGGAAGCCUUGCAUCGCUUAGUAGCAUGCUGGUGUGGAUAUUGCAUUUCAGUGUUUGGUUAAGCCAGAAGGGAUCACUGUGUUUAUCAUCUGGGUUGUAGUCUUUUAGCCUUGCCCGUGCACGGAUACCUCCUAACAAACCCAGCUAGCAUACUUGAUUUUGAGUGCGAUGGGAAGUGUAAUGAACACGAGCUUCUCAACUAGCGGCUUUAUCCAAAACGGGGUCAAGAGAAUUGUGUUGUGAAUGUUGCGGUAUGUAUGUGUCCGAGGAAGAAAAAUGUUGGUGUAUGGAAGCGCUUUUUUUCCCUGUAAGCACAAUUAUUGCAGUAAAGACAUCCAGGGUCCUAUGGAGAAGUUUUAAUUUUGAUGCCAGCUAAACCCCCUGUGAUUGACUUAUCAAUGACCCUGUUCCAGCCCCUUCACUGCCAACACACUUGGGAAAAAAGUGUACAAAUGUUGCCUCCAUCAGUCGAAAUAUUGAGCCUUUUUUUGUCAUACAAGUAAAAAAAUAAACAGCCAAUUUCUGCACCUUGAAACAACAAAUCUCGAAUUGCAGCCAAUAAGCUUUCUUACUGCCAAAUCUAAGAGCACCCAAAUGCAGGACUCAAGAUACCGCCAUCAGAAAUGUCCCACUUAAUGAGCUUACCACUGCCCAGCAACAUGUCAUUAUGCUGAGCGUACUUUUGAAAGUCCCAGUUUUUGGACCCAGUGAGAUUAUUUUCCUUGGCAUUAUUGAGCGUGGCACCUAUUUGAACGCGUUCCUGUUCUGAUGAAGCGUUGCAUCUUUGUUUGUUUUAUGAAGAAGUUACAUUUUUAUGAAGGGUUGCCUGUUUCUGCCACACGCUAUGUAGUGGUCCCAAGCUGUUUGAUGAAGUAGAGUUGGAUGACGACAGUGACAGGAAAGACAGCUGAGUGCCUAAAUGCAAAAUGUGACGUCUACCCAGGAUGCCGCCAUGUUUUAGGCACUUAUGUUGCUGUUGAGUGCUGAAGAAUAGAUUGGAAAUGCUCCUCCCAGACUUAAAAAAAAAGCUUGAGCAAUCUAGCAUGGGAGCGUCUACCCAAAAAAAGAACAGUUGGAGCCUAGACAAUGAAAUUGCCAAAUAAGGAAAAGGAGUGGUACUUAUUUUUGGAGAGUUGAGCAGGGCUGUGUGAGUGUAAAUGCUCGUCCAUUUUGUCUUUUCAUUUUUAAUUUGUUCAUUGUCCCCCCCCCCCCCCCCCCCCCCCGACCCACUAUGUUUAAGGAUUUUUGAUUUGUUUUAUCUCUUUGAAGUGUUAGUUUACCGUCCUGAUGUGCUCACAAGUUAGUUAACCGUGUGAUAGUUCUUGUGUAACUUUUUUAGCCUUAGCACUGAUAAGGGAGAUUAAUAUAAUUAACAAAAAAAAAUAAAGGUACAAGAAUACAAUCAAUUUUACUUGUGCGGCUUAUUUCUCUGUGUAACACAAUGAACAUACAAAAAAAAAGCAAACGUAAAUAUUAAUAAAUGCUUAAAAGUAA